UGACGCUGCGGCCGCUUUGCAGCCCCGGUCUGACCGCUCCGGGCGGGGGUGCGGUCGUGCAAUAGGAAGCCGAGGGCGGUGCGAGCUUCCCGUCGGGCACCAGCUACUUGGCCCGGCGCCCUGCCCAGUGCAUUCCUUCGACACCUCCAGGGCCCCCACCGGUGGCCCCCCGGAGCCCUCUAACCGCGUCGGCCAUGCCUCUAAACCGCACUUUGUCCAUGUCCUCCCUGCCAGGACUGGAGGACUGGGAGGAUGAAUUCGACCUGGAGAACACAGUGCUCUUCGAGGUGGCCUGGGAGGUGGCCAACAAGGUGGGCGGCAUCUACACAGUGCUGCAGACGAAGGCAAAGGUGACGGGGGAUGAGUGGGGCGACAACUACUACCUGGUGGGACCGUACACGGAGCAGGGCGUGAGGACCCAGGUGGAGCUGCUGGAACCCCCGACGCCGGCCCUGAAGAGGACGCUGGACUCCAUGAACAGCAAGGGCUGCAAGGUGUACUUCGGGCGCUGGCUGAUCGAGGGGGGCCCCCUGGUGGUGCUUCUCGAUGUGGGGGCCUCAGCCUGGGCCCUGGAGCGCUGGAAGGGGGAGCUAUGGGACACAUGCAACAUCGGGGUGCCCUGGUACGACCGGGAGGCCAACGACGCCGUCCUUUUCGGCUUCCUCACCACCUGGUUCCUGGGUGAGUUCCUGGCCCAGAGUGAGGAGAAACCGCAUGUGGUUGCACACUUCCACGAGUGGCUGGCAGGCGUCGGGCUCUGCCUGUGCCGCGCCCGGCGGCUGCCCGUGGCUACCAUCUUCACCACCCACGCCACGCUGCUGGGGCGAUACCUGUGUGCUGGGGCCGUGGACUUCUACAACAACCUGGAGAAUUUCAACGUGGACAAAGAAGCAGGUGAGAGGCAAAUCUAUCACCGCUACUGCAUGGAGCGGGCCGCAGCCCACUGCGCUCACGUCUUCACUACUGUGUCCCAGAUUACCGCCAUCGAGGCUCAGCACCUACUCAAAAGGAAACCAGAUAUCGUGACCCCCAAUGGACUGAAUGUGAAGAAAUUCUCUGCCAUGCAUGAGUUCCAGAACCUCCAUGCUCAGAGCAAGGCUCGAAUCCAGGAGUUUGUGCGGGGCCAUUUUUAUGGGCACCUAGACUUCAACUUGGACAAGACCUUGUACUUCUUUAUUGCCGGCCGCUAUGAGUUCUCCAACAAGGGGGCCGACGUCUUCCUGGAGGCCUUGGCCCGGCUCAACUAUCUGCUCAGAGUGAAUGGCAGCGAGCAGACGGUGGUCGCCUUCUUCAUCAUGCCGGCUCGGACCAACAAUUUCAACGUGGAAACCCUUAAGGGCCAGGCCGUGCGCAAGCAGCUUUGGGAUACGGCCAACACAGUGAAGGAAAAGUUUGGGAGGAAGCUUUACGAAUCCUUGCUGGUGGGAAGCCUCCCAGACAUGAACAAGAUGCUGGACAAGGAGGACUUCACUAUGAUGAAGAGAGCCAUCUUUGCCACGCAGCGGCAAUCUUUCCCUCCUGUGUGCACCCACAAUAUGCUGGAUGACUCCUCAGACCCCAUCUUGACAACCAUCCGCCGAAUCGGCCUCUUCAAUAGUAGUGCUGACAGAGUCAAGGUGAUUUUCCACCCGGAGUUCCUGUCCUCUACGAGCCCUCUGCUCCCUGUGGACUAUGAGGAAUUUGUCCGUGGCUGCCACCUUGGGGUCUUCCCCUCCUACUAUGAGCCUUGGGGCUACACACCAGCUGAGUGCACGGUAAUGGGUAUCCCCAGUGUCUCCACCAACCUCUCCGGAUUCGGCUGCUUCAUGGAGGAACACAUCGCAGACCCCUCAGCUUACGGUAUCUACAUUCUGGACCGGCGAUUCCGCAGCUUGGAUGAUUCCUGCUCGCAGCUCACCUCCUUCCUCUACAGUUUCUGCCAGCAGAGCCGAAGGCAGCGCAUUAUCCAGCGGAACCGAACGGAGCGCCUCUCUGAUCUUCUGGACUGGAAAUACCUAGGCCGGUACUACAUGUCAGCGCGCCACAUGGCGCUGGCCAAGGCCUUUCCAGAAUACUUCACCUACGAGCCUCACGAGGCUGACGCGACCCAGGGCUACCGCUACCCACGGCCAGCCUCAGUGCCACCAUCACCCUCGCUGUCGCGACACUCCAGCCCGCACCAGAGCGAGGAUGAGGAGGAACCCCGGGACUUACCACCGGAUGAAGAUGGCGAACGCUACGACGAGGACGAGGAGGCCGCCAAGGACCGGCGCAACAUCCGCGCGCCCGAGUGGCCGCGCCGCGCCUCCUGCACCUCUUCCACCGGGAGCAAGCGCGGGUCGGUGGACACGGCGCCCUCCAGCUCAGUCAGCACCCCCAGCGAACCCCUUAGCCCCGCCAGCUCCCUGGGCGAGGAACGCAACUAAAUCCCCAAUCUCACACUAUCCUAUCCCGCCCCCACCUCCUCCCCCCGCCCCCGGCCCGCCCCCC